AUGACUUCAAGCAUCCGCUUCGCUGCAUCACCAACAGGUAGUUUACGCUGGCAACGACCCCAGGCACCAGCCGUAAACCGAACUUUGCCAAUAGCCGCGGACACCUACGGAUCGCAAUGUCCACAGAUCGGUCAAAGCAAUGGAAUGCCGAGUGCGCCUCCGGACCCAGAUUCACCACCACUCUCAGAAGACUGUCUCUUCCUCAAUGUCCAAAGCCCGGCAAACGCGACGAACCUUCCUGUACUCGUGUGGAUCCACGGUGGUGGCUAUGGCGCUGGUAAUGGGCGACAAGACUUCACCGAUCUCCUCACGACGACCGGGAACAAAUUCGUUGUUGUAUCAAUCCAGUACCGACUGGGGCCCUUUGGAUUCCUCGCCUCGGACGAAGUGUACCGAAAGGGCGUCGUGAAUGCAGGACUGUUGGACCAAUUCUUCGCUCUCCAAUGGGUCCAGACGUAUGUCAGUCAGUUCGGAGGCGACCCAUCAGCUGUCACUAUAUCUGGCGAGAGUGCUGGUGGUGGUUCGGUCAUGCUACACGACAUGGCCUACGGUGGCUCUCUAGGCGACUCGAUGUUCCGCAGUACUAUUGCGGCAUCACCAUACUUGCCCAAGCAGUACGGCUACAAAGACUGGAUUCCGACACAGAACUACUAUGCGUUCGCCGACCGCGCCGGCUGCAUGAUCAACGCAUAUGGUAAUGCGACUUCCACCAUCUUCGAUUGUUUGCUAUCGCAAGACACGGAGACGUUGCAGAACGCUUCCCGCGAAGUGGAAAGCACUGCAACAUUCGGCACCUGGGCUUUCCUGCCGGUUACAGACGGAGUGUACGUUCAAGAUGAGCCAAGCAGCCAGCUUCUCGAGAAGCGUGUGAACGGACGGAAUGCUCUGAUCGGAAAUAAUGCGAACGAGGGCCCUUCGUUCGUACCACAAACAAUAAUCUCUGAAGACGACUUCACAGCGUGGCUCCGCAACAACCUGCCCGAGUUCACCGAUUCCGACAUCGCAAAGGUUCUUCGCUACUACCCCAUCAGCGACGCCGCGACCACUUCUAACGCAGAUAAGUUCGCGACGAACGGCGUGACCGGACCCAGCGCGCUCGACCAAAGCUCAAUAGCAACCGGACAGCAACAGCGUGCCAACAACCUCUACGCCGAACUGACUUUCGUAUGCCCGUCAUACUGGAUGGCGGAAGCGUACACCGAUGGUGAUCGCACAUCAUACAAGUACCAGUUCAGUGCCCUCCCAGCCACCCACGGCGCUGAUGUGGGCGUAUACUUCGGACCAUUAGGCGGCAGGCCAGACGUAAGCACCGGCCUCCAACGCGCCUUCAUGAACAUUUGGGGCAACUUCAUCACUGAGGGCACCCCGUCGAUUUCUGCUUCCGUUGCAGCUGGCUCUUCUGGCUCGUCAAACGGAUCCGUAGCCACCAACGAUGCUACUCAAUGGCCAGCUUUCACGAUCGCUGAACCAUAUCAACUUGAUCUUAACCAGACGGGUGGUGAGUUAGCUUUGAUGGUCAGCUCACCGGUCAACCUGACUUAUCUGACUGAACCGGGGCUGAUGAAUAGCUUUACGCUGGUGAAUGCGUAUACGUGGGAGGCUGGGCGUGGUAUGAGGUGCGACUUCUGGAGGAGUGUUGCUGAUAUUAUUCCUGCAUAA